UAGGAUCCGCGAUAUAACGACUUUUGGGAGCAGCUGUCCUACUCGUCUCGUGAAUUCUUCAGUAGCUGCCAUCACACCAGAAAACCCCUGUGCUGUUCCGGAGAUCAUGCACGCUGCUCUGGGUGUGUUGUACCAGCGUGUAUCAGAGAUGGUUAGGGUUCGUCUCUGGAUGCAGGAAAGAAACUACCUACACACAAAUCAGGACCCCCUUCACUCCCCUCGGAACAUGGCAGAUGCGGGAAGUUAUCAAGCCGGUUGUGGCCUGCUCCCCAGGAUGCUGUGGCAGUGUGCCCUGCUGUCAUCCCUGCUCCAGUCUUUUCUAUCACCGGUGUCCGCAGGAGCGGACUCCAAAGCUGUCACCACCACUCUCACUACAAAGUGGCCCUCCACCCCCCUGCUGCUGGAAGCCAGUGAGUUCCUGGCUGAGGAGAGUCCGGAGAUGUUCUGGGAUUUUGUUGAAGCCAAUCAGAACAUCCGAGGGGAACACGAUGAUACAGACCAGUCAUACUACGAUCUGAUAAUGAAGAGAGCCGGCGCUCUGCUCAGCACAGUCCAACUCAACAUGCUGAAGUUUGCUCUCUCUCUCAGGGCCUACUCUGCCACUGUACACUCCUUCCAACAAAUAGCAUCCAACGAGCCCCCUCCCUCUGGCUGCUCAGCGUUCUUCAAUGUUCAUGGGGAGAAGUCAUGUGACACUGAGAAACUGGCUGCACUAGUGGAGACAGCAGCAGAACGGCCCAAGCCCUAUUUAUUCAAAAGCGAUCACAGGUUCCCGGGAUCAAACCCUGACGCUCCGGUUGUUAUCCUGUAUGCUGAGAUCGGAAGUUCAGAAUUCUCUGUGUUUCAUCAGCUGAUGCUGUCCAAGGCCAACAAGGGACAGACUGUCUAUGUACUUCGCCACUACUUGGCUACUCCUAGCAGGAGGCGGGUGUAUCUGUCUGGUUAUGGAGUGGAGCUGGCCAUCAAGAAUCAGGAAUACAAGGCUAAAGAUGACACACAGGUUCAAGGAGCAGAGGUCAACGCCACGGUGAUGGGAGAGAAUGACCCCGUGGAUGAGGUCCAGGGAUUCCUCUUUGGAAAACUCAAGACACUGUACCCGCAGCUGAAGGAACAGCUCAAGGAGCUACGGAAGCACCUGGUGGAGAGCACCAAUGAAAUGGCUCCCCUCAAAGUGUGGCAGAUGCAAGAUCUGAGUUUCCAGACGGCAGCUCGGAUCCUGGCUGCUCCAGCUUCAGAUUCCCUCAACGUCAUGAGAGACCUCAGUCAGAACUUCCCUACCAAGGCCAGGUCCAUCACUAAAACUGCAGUCCACUCUGAAAUCCGUAAAGAGAUCGAAGACAACCAGAAGUUCUUUAAGGGAACUCUGGGAUUGCAACCUGGGGACUCUGCUCUCUUCAUCAACGGACUGCACAUAGACCUGGACACACAGGACAUCUUCAGUAUUUUCGAGGUUCUGCGUAGUGAGGCCAGGGUGAUGGAAGGUCUGCGUUCUCUUCACAUCGAGACCAACUACAUCCACGACAUCCUCAAGCUAAAUGUUCAGCCUUCUGACUCUGACUACGCUGUGGACAUCCGCAACCCUGCCAUUAACUGGAUUAACAAUCUGGAGACAGACAGCAGAUACAGCUCAUGGCCACACAAUGUCCAGGAACUCCUCCGACCCACGUUCCCUGGAGUCAUACGACAGAUCCGCAAAAACUUCCACAACCUUGUGGUCAUCCUGGACCCCACCCAUGAGAGCUCCUCUGAGCUGUUAAAUGUCGCUGAGAUGUUUUACACCAACAACAUUCCUCUCAGGAUUGGGCUGGUGUUUGUGGUGUCUGAUGCUGAUGAAGUCGACGGUAUGGAGGACGCAGGCGUGGCUCUGCUCCGAGCCUUCAACUACAUCACAAUGGAGGCCGACGCCCCCACCGCCUUCGACGCCGUCAUAUCGAUGUUCAACCGGGUGGCCAGCGGUGGUAAACUGGGUGUGGCUGACGUAGUCAAGGUGUUGGAGAAGAGGUACCCCUACGUGGAGGCCAGCAGCAUCCUUGGCCCGGACUCCACCUACGACGCCAACAGGAAGGAAGGGCGUGGCUACUACCAGCAGACGGGGGUGGGUCCGUUGCCGGUGGUGAUGUAUAAUGGGAUGCCGUAUCAGAAAGAACAGCUGGACCCGGACGAGCUGGAGACGGUCACCAUGCACAAAAUACUGGAGACUACCAGCUUCUACCAACGGGCUGUCUACCUGGGGGAGCUGGCCACAGAUCACGACGUGGUGGAUUUCAUCAUGAACCAACCCAACGUGGUCCCUCGAAUCAACCCCCGAAUCCUGUCUACAGCCAGAACCUACCUGGACCUGUCCAAUACCAAUAACCACUUCAUAGACGCGUACGCUCGCUUUUUGUUCCUGGACACCAGAGACAAGAGCACUGCUGUGGCUAACAGCAUGAACUACAUGACCAAGAAAGGGAUGGCCCCUAAUGACCUCCAUGUAGAUGAUGGCUACAUUCGUCCUGUCACUUUCUGGAUUGUGGGAGAUUUCGACCGACCUUCAGGACGCCAGCUGCUCUACGAUGCCAUCAGACACAUGAAAACCAGCAACAACGUGCGACUGGGCCUGAUCAACAACCCCAGUGACAGCCCGUCUGCUGAGAACAGUCGUGUUGCCAGGGCGAUUUGGGCCGCCACGGAGACUCAGACCGCCAACAACGCCAAGAACUACAUCACCAAGCUGGCCAAGGAGGAGACGGCCGAGGCCCUGGAGACGGGGGCCGAUGUUGCUCAGUUUGCUGUCGGGGGUAUGGAUGUAGCCUUGUUCAAGAGCGCGUACGAAGGUCCAAAGAUGGACUUCCUGCUGUCUCACGCUGCCUACUGCCGAGACGUUCUCAAGCUACGGAAGGGACAGCGGGCCGUCAUCAGCAAUGGACGGAUCAUUGGUCCGCUGGAGGACGGGGAGGUCUUUAACCAAGACGAUUUCCUCCUUCUGGAGAGUAUCGUUCUGAAGACCUCGGGGGAGCGAAUCAAAAGCAGGGUCCAGCGUUUUGGGGCGGAGGAGGACAGAGCCAGCGACCUGGUGAUGAAGAUCGACUCCCUGCUGUCCUCCCAACCCAAAGGAGAAGCCAGGAUGGAGCACGUGUUUUCUGACGACCGAUACAGUGCCGUGAAGAUCCGGCCCGCAGAGGGGGAUGUCUACUUCGACGUGGUUGCCGUCGUAGAUCCUGUAACCAGGGACGCGCAGAAACUAGCUCCACUGUUGUUGGUGUUGAAGAAGCUGGUCAAUGUGAACCUUCGCGUGUUUAUGAACUGCCAGUCCAAACUGUCAGACCUGCCUCUGAAAAGUUUCUACCGCUACGUGUUGGAGCCGGAAGUGGUGUUCCAGGCUGAUGGCAGGUUCUCCCCCGGUCCGCUGGCCAAGUUCCUGGACAUGCCCCAGUCUCCCCUCUUCACACUCAACCUCAACACCCCUGAGAGCUGGAUGGUGGAGUCCGUGCGAACCAGAUACGACCUGGAUAACAUCUACCUGGAAGAGGUGGACAGUGUAGUAGCGGCGGAGUACGAACUGGAGCAUCUGCUCCUGGAGGGCCACUGUUUCGACGUGAGUACGGGCCAGCCUCCCAGAGGACUACAAUUCACCCUGGGAACCACCUCAGACCCGGUCAUCGUCGACACCAUCGUCAUGGCCAACCUGGGUUAUUUCCAGUUGAAGGCAAACCCUGGAGCCUGGAUACUGAAGCUCAGGAAAGGACGGUCUGAUGAAAUCUACAAGAUCUAUAGUCAUGACGGAACGGACUCUCCAGCAGACGCCGAUGACCUCGUUGUGGUGCUGAACAACUUCAAGAGCCGAAUCAUCAAAGUCAAGGUCCAGAAGAAGCCAGAGAAGUUCGAGGAGGAGCUGUUGAGUGACGGAACCCCAGAGAACGACUCUGGUUUCUGGGGGUCUCUGACCAGGGGCUUUACAGGAAGUGUGAAAACGGAGGAGAGCAAACAGGAGAAGGAUGACGUCAUCAACAUCUUCUCUGUGGCCUCUGGACACCUCUAUGAACGUUUUCUGAGAAUCAUGAUGUUGUCCGUGCUGAAGCACACUAAGACACCCGUCAAGUUCUGGUUCCUUAAAAACUACCUCUCGCCAGCUUUUAAGGAGUUCAUCCCGUACAUGGCAGAGCAGUACGGCUUCCAGUAUGAGCUGGUCCAGUACAAAUGGCCGCGAUGGCUUCACCAGCAGACGGAGAAACAAAGGAUCAUCUGGGGUUAUAAGAUCCUGUUCCUGGACGUGCUGUUCCCCCUGUCGGUCGACAAGUUCUUAUUUGUGGACGCAGAUCAGAUAGUGCGUACGGACCUGAAGGAGCUCCGGGACUUUGACCUGGAGGGAGCACCGUACGGGUACACCCCGUUCUGUGAGAGCCGCAGGGAGAUGGACGGAUUCCGCUUCUGGAAGUCGGGCUACUGGGCGAGUCACCUCGCUGGUCGCAAGUACCACAUCAGUGCUCUGUAUGUGGUAGAUCUGAAGAAGUUCCGCAAGAUUGCAGCAGGAGACCGUCUGAGAGGACAGUAUCAAGGCCUGAGUCAAGACCCCAACAGUCUGUCCAACCUGGACCAGGACCUGCCGAAUAACAUGAUCCACCAGGUUCCUAUCAAGUCUCUUCCACAGGAGUGGCUCUGGUGUGAAACCUGGUGUGAUGACAACUCAAAGAAGAAGGCCAAGACCAUAGAUCUGUGCAACAACCCCCAGACCAAAGAGCCGAAGCUUCAGGCCGCUGUACGCAUUGUAGCCGAGUGGAGCGACUAUGACCAGGAGAUCAAACGGUUCCAGAACCGAGUCCAGGAGAGAGUAGCGGAGAACGAUACGACACACACGGACAAACCAGACGACACACACACAGAGUUAUGAGGGGCCUGUGGAAGCUGCUGGAACGGAAAGACGGGGGCCGGUUUGGAGACACUGGUAUUCUUUAGGAACAGCAUCGACAGACGGACUGAAAAUUAACGCCCAUUCAAUCAUACAUUUUCAUUUGACAUUUUCUCUGUUUUGAUGGUUGGGGAUGAUAGCUGUGUGCGUGUGUUUGUGUGUGAUUGUGUGGGGCGUGUGUGUGCAUGCACACGCGUGCUUUUUGAUGUCUGUUCUUGCCUGGGUAAAGACGCUUAAGGGAACGUCUGACAUUUCCCGCGGGUUGUUUCGCCCAAAAUACGUCUGAUCCGCGUUUGCACGAAUCCCGCAAAACAGCUGUGAUUGUCUUUGGGUAGGGGUGAAAUGGCACUGAUGAAUAUAACAGCCUAAGUUAUGAAGUUAGACCUGUCCUCUUCUACGCUUUUCGUUUCAUACUUCAUUUCGACAUUGUAAAUGGCCUGCGCCAAACUCAGGGAAAGGUUGUUUCGGCCAUCCAAUCUGAUAAAACUUCUAAUGACAAUAACAGGACUUGGAUAACACAGCCACACAGGCCAAAUCACUAAAAAGUAUAAAACAAACAUUAAUUAGAAGUUGUAGAUACAGGCAACUGUUUUCUUUUAUUUUGUGACUGUGUUAACCACUGAUGUCCCAACAUUUUUUUUGUGUGAGAUAGACCCACUUUUGUCAACUCGGUUCAUAUCUCUCUAUUCAAUACAACUCAUCAUGAACAUCAAAGGCCCUUGAGGAUGUGAUGCUGGCCAUCGUGGAGUGUAAAGGGAUGUGCAGGUUAUUGUUGUGGACACUGUAACCAAAAAAGCGAGGGACAAGUUCAGUUCAGGCUAGCCAGUCUCAUUCACUAAGGCUCUGCCGAGGUUUGUGAUCAAGCCAGGCAGCAGAAACUCACUCAUUCUAACCAGCCUUUAGGAAAGACUGUGAUCAGAUGGCUAUUUUAAUCUGGUAUUUAUAUUGCUUGUCUGGAACAAAAGCCUGUUCCCUCCACCGGUAAGAUGUGCCAGCCCUUACUCCUGUCUCUUUGCUGUGGUCUUUUUCUUUUUCCACUCUCUUGGGGUAAAUGUACUGUUAAUUCUAAGAAAUCAAUAUUUUAUAAUAAAAUCCAAGAAAUUAACACA